AUGCUGCGCGGUGUCUCGUUGGUGCCGCAGCAGCGGGCGGUGAAGGACCCGCAAGACCUUCCCAGCGAGCUGAAGAACUCUCUCCUCGGUGUGUCAUUCUUCCAUGCUCCUCCAGGCUACGGGUCGACCGGCGGCAGCUGCGCCAACUCGGCGCAGGUGUCGUCGCCGCUUCUGGCGCGUGAGAUGUCGCAAUCACAGCACCUCUUCUCGAGAGGGCCCUCCCCGUCCUCGCUCAUGUCACGAGUCUUUCGAUCGGCGAAGCCUCGCUACAGCGCCGGCCUCACGGGGCAGGUGCCGGUCUUCGACUACAACGGCAGCCUCACGACGCGCCAGGUCGGUGUCCACACCUUUCGCUUUCGCAGUCUGUCCCUCUUCUACUUUCUUCGCUCGCAGCCGUGGGCAGUGCUAAUCACGUACUCCAUCGUCCUCUACCUCAUCAUUGUGCUGCUCAUCACAGCCGUCUACUACGCGUGGGGGAUGGCGUGCGGGGCGGCAGUGAACGCGGUGUCCGCCAUCUACUUCACAGUCGUGAGUCUGGCGGCCAACGGCGGGUACAUGGGCGAGGACGGAGACACGAUGACGGACGCCACUCACAUGUGCUACCGCGGUCGCACCGCCAUCGUGAUGGUGUGCUCGUACGUGAACAUCCUGUUCGUCGGCCUCGUCGCGGCCCUCGUGGUCAGCAAGGCCGAAUACACGGGCAAGCUGGGCCACCGCGUGGUCUUCAGCGACUUCUGCACGCUGACAACCGUCCCAGGCCGGGUGGAUCAGUGGCGGCUGGUGUUUCGAGUAGCCAACGUAGACAAUCACAUUCCUCUGGCUCGCGGCAAGCUGCGCCUGUUCUGCGUUACGGCAGAGCCCCUCAAGGACUACCACUUACGUCAACAGCAGCUUCAGGAGCUGCGGCACUCACGCCCCAUGAAGAAACUCGCGGGAUCGACGUGGAGCGGCGCCCAUCAGCUCCUGCCAGGGGUGGAGCUCGACGGAGGUGGCGGCGGGCGGCAGCCGCAGCGGAUAGCGCCGCCGUCGGCGGAGGCAGAUGAUAGCCUUCACUCUGCGAAGGCAAAGAGACGACACGCAAAGCCGCAUAGUCAUCGACACAGCGCGCUGGCGCCACUUGACUCUGCUGGGAGCGGCAGCAGAGAGGAUAAAAGCGGGUUGACCCGGGCGCAGCGGGAUCGGCAGCUGCACAAGAGCGGCAGUGGUGGUCAUACAGACGAGCCGGACAGUCCGAGACGCCAUCGCUGGCAGCGCCGUGAAGGCUCUCUCGAUCCCCACAAAAGCCACGGCAUGCCGUCCAAAGAAAGCGGGGGACGCCGGAGCGGCUCCAGCAGGUCGUCGUCUGGCUCUGACGACUCCACACUGAGCACCUCCGUUGCUUCGCCCCGCUACCUGUCGGUCUCGUCUUCUGCGAAAGCCACCUCCUCCACACGCACAGGACGCAAGGCGAUCACCAGAGAGAAGGCUCUGUCGCCGAAGUCGCGGACCAGCUCAGCGGUGGACAACGUGGACUUGGACGAGGCAAACUCGUCCGUGAGCAGCUGGGAGGGCAGCUACCUCGACGCCGCCUCCCCGGCCGCAGAGAUGGGAAGCGAGCCCGGCGUUGCCUUCCCCGGCAAGCAAUCUCUGUCACCGACUGGAAUACCUGAGCCUGCUGUCUCGGUCCCCAUUCCAAGCCGCUCUCCCAGCGACGAUGACGGCAAUGUGAUGGAGCGGGUGCAUCUGUGCAUUCAUGAGAUGCGCUGGACCUGCGCCGGGGAGACGUACCUCGACCGCGGUGAACGCGGGCAGCUCUCCCUGUGGUAUCCGGCUGACAUCAUUCACAUCAUCGACGAGCGCAGUCCGCUGCACCCCUUCUUGGAGCGGCCACAGGUCGCGGCGUCGCUCGGGAGCAGCUGUGCCUCUGCCGAGGCGAUGUCCGGAUUCGCGCGUCGCACGGACCUGGUCCGGCAGCACCUCCAAAUUGUGGCCGUCUUUGACGCGACCGAGAUGGAAAGCGGCUCCACCAUUACAGCGAAGCGCACCUACACCAACGAGGACAUUGUAGCCCACUACAAGUUCUCUGACCGUCUCGUGCACAUGCACCCGGAGAGCAGCGAGGUGUUGCUGGACUUCCACUACUUCAACGCGUUGCUGCCGGUGCACCUCGUCGAGCCCUCCACGACGGAGUCGGACAUGUAG